CUCUCCCACACAGCUAUAAUAAAAUGACUCCUCCACCAUACCUGGGAACAGUCAUGUUCCUUUUCCUUUCUUCUUUCUUCCCCUCCCCCCCACCCCCCAUUCAGAGUGUGUUUCUAACUCAUCACACUCUUCCUUUUCCUGGGAUGACAAGGUCAGUGUGAAGCUUUGUGUUGCGAGUUUGACAGGACCUAGAUGAGCCUUAGGUCACACCUCUGAGGGAUCGUCUGCCUUAGGUUAACUGAGGUAGAGCAUCUGCUAUGAAAAGUGACCAGGGCUUGGGUCCUGCCUUGUAUAAAGAGAAGAAGGCUACAGACCACUGAGCUCAUUAGUCAUCAACAUGAGGAGUCAUGUCUUCAGCUUCUCACAGACAGACAGAGCGAUGGCAAUUGCUGUCAUGUCCGCCACCCAAUUUGGGUAUCUACAAGAAACUGGACCCUCACGAAUUCCCUUGAAGUUAGCUCAGACUUGAAUGGACACUCAAGAUGCUCCAUCCUGUCUCAGAAAUAUGUAGCAUGCUUCCUCCCCACCCACAGAUUUAAAAACAAAAUAGCCAGGGUAGCGGCUGCACAUCUCUAAUUCCAGACAUUGGAAGUCUGAGGCCAGAGCACUGGGAGUUCAGACAAGCCUCGGUUACAUCCCUAGACCCAGAGCCUGAGAGGACCAGAGCUAGCAAUCUUCCAAGGAUGAAAAAGAGUCAAGUAAAGGACCAGGCUCAGACCUGCUGAGGUCCCCCUGACCUGAAGCUCCCACAGAGGGUGUGGGAAGCAGACAUGUAGGAGGUGCCCAGGGUGUAGAAGAAGCUCUUAGAGGAACUGACCAGCCCACGGCAGGCUGCUCUGAUGUACUUCCUCUUUCCCAGCCAGCCUCCUCCAGCCCUCUUCUCUCCUUCCUUUUCUCUCUCAUGCUAGCUUAUGCGUCAGUUCCUGAACGAUGGGGAAACUUCCUGACGCUAUGAAGUCGCCCAAAGGGAGGCUAGACCCCAUUCUGCGCACUAGGCUGGGACCUUGAGGCCUGGAGCGCCUACCGGGCAGCUCUGAGUAGAGACACCUUGAACUACCAUCCUGCCUCCUGGUAAGCAUCUAAGCAUGUCCCUGGCUGAGGCCAUCAGACUCUGGAAUGAAGGGGUGCUCGCAGCCGACAAGAAGGACUGGAAGGGUGCCCUGGAGGCCUUCAGCGAGGUGCAGGACCCCCACUCGAAGAUUUGCUUCAACAUAGGCUGCGUGAACACCAUCCUGGAAAACUUGCAGGCAGCUGAGCAGGCCUUCACCAAAAGCAUCAACAGAGACAAGCACUCCGCAGUGGCCUACUUCCAGAGAGGAAUGCUCUACUACAGAAUGGAGAAGUACGACCUUGCUAUCAAAGACCUUAAAGAGGCCUUGACGCAGCUUCGUGGGAACCAGCUGAUAGACUACAAGAUCCUGGGGCUGCAGUUCAAGCUGUUUGCCUGUGAGGUAUUGUAUAAUAUCGCUCUGAUGCAUGCCAAGAAAGAGGAAUGGAAGAAAGCAGAAGAGCAGUUGGCAUUGGCGACCAACAUGAAGUCCGAGCCCAGGCAUUCCAAGAUCGACAAGGCCAUGGAGAGCAUCUGGAAGCAGAAGCUGUUCGAGCCCGUGGUGAUCCCUGUGGGUCGGCUGUUCCGUCCAAAUGAGAGGCAGGUGGCUCAGCUGGCCAAAAAGGACUAUCUGGGCAAGGCUACGGUUGUAGCAUCUGUGGUUCACCAAGACAACUUUUCUGGCUUCGCUCCUCUGCAGCCGCAGUCAGCAGAGCCUCCUCCCAGACCCAAAACCCCCGAAAUCUUCAGGGCUCUGGAAGGUGAGGCACACCGUGUAUUGUUUGGCUUUGUGCCAGAGACGCCAGAAGAGCUACAGGUCAUGCCCGGGAACAUCGUCUUUGUCUUGAAGAAGGGCAGUGAUAACUGGGCCACAGUCAUGUUCAAUGGACAGAAGGGGCUUGUCCCCUGCAACUACCUGGAGCCAGUUGAGCUUCGGAUUCACCCUCAGUCGCAGCCCCAGGAAGAUACCUCUCCGGAAUCUGAUAUUCCACCACCUCCUAAUUCUAGUCCCCCAGGAAGACUCCAGUUGUCACCAGGCCACAAGCAAAAAGAAGAGCCCAAGGAAGUGAAACUCAGCGUGCCUAUGCCUUACAUGCUCAAGGUGCAUUACAAAUACACAGUGGUCAUGGAGACGCAGCUCGGCCUCCCCUUCAGCCAGCUUCGGAACAUGGUGUCUAAGAAGCUGGAGCUCUCGCCAGAACACACUAAACUGAGCUACCAGCGUCGGGACAGCCCCCAGCUUCUGCUCCUGUCGGAAGAAAGCAUGAAGGACGCCUGGGGCCAAGUGAAAAACUACUGCCUGACUCUUUGGUGUGAGCAUACAGUGGGUGAUCAAGGUCUUAUUGAUGAACCCAAGCAAAGGGACAGCUCUGAUGCCAAUAAGCAGACUACAGAGCCUCAGCCUAAGGAGGGGACCCAGGUGGUAGCAAUCUUCAGUUAUGAGGCUGCCCAGCCAGAAGACCUGGAAUUUGUGGAAGGAGAUGUAAUCCUGGUACUGUCACAUGUGAAUGAAGAAUGGCUGGAAGGAGAGUGUAAAGGGAAAGUUGGCAUUUUCCCUAAGGCUUUUGUUGAAGGAUGUGCAGCCAAGAAUUUGGAAGGCAUUCCCAGAGAAGUCUAGGAUCUCAAAGCUGAAGAAAAGGAUUGUUUUUUCCCUGGCAAGACUUACCCAUCUCUGCUGUGCGCUAUACAGACACAUCAGUUUGGAAAUGUGGACUAACUUACCAUUUCCCUAUUAAAAUUGAACCUGCCACA